AUGGUAGAGAUGCUGCCAACUGCCGUUCUGCUGGUCUUGGCAGUGUCUGUGGUUGCCAACGAUAACACCACGUGUGAUGGCCCCUGUGGGUUACGAUUCAGGCAGAACCUACAAGGAAGCAUCCGCAUCGUCGGAGGGCAGAAUGCGGCGCUCGGGGCCUGGCCCUGGAUGGUCAGCCUCCAGGUCUUCUCUUACCACAACAACCGGAGGUAUCACGCCUGCGGAGGCAGCUUGUUGAACUCCCACUGGCUGGUGACUGCCGCUCACUGCUUCAGGAACAAAAAAAGAGUGUAUGACUGGAGACUGAUUUUUGGAGCAAGGGAAAUUGAGUAUGGGAGCAAUAAUCCAGUGAAGCCACCUCUGCUGGAGAGACAUGUCGAGCAAAUCAUCAUUCAUGAAAAAUAUUCCCCUCAUUCAGAGGCAAACGACAUCGCUCUCUUGAAGAUCACCCCUCCUGUUCCAUGUGGGCACUUCAUCGGACCAGCCUGCCUGCCCCAAUUUAGGGCAGGCCCACCUAGAGUUCCCCAGACAUGCUGGGUGGCUGGCUGGGGAUUUAUAAAAGAGAAUGCCCGCAAGACAUCACCUAUACUGCAGGAGGCGCCUGUGGAUCUCAUCGACCUCGACUUAUGUAACUCGACUCGGUGGUACAAUGGGCGCAUUCGUUCAACCAAUGUGUGUGCAGGGUAUCCUGAAGGCAAGAUUGACACCUGCCAGGGGGACAGCGGCGGGCCUCUCAUGUGCAGAGACAGAGUGGAAAACGCCUAUGUGGUCGUAGGAGUCACAAGCUGGGGGGUAGGCUGUGCCCGUGCUAAGCGCCCCGGAGUCUACACGGCUACCUGGCCCUAUCUGGAUUGGAUUGCUUCCAAGAUCGGUUCUAAUGCCUUGCACAUGAUUCAACUGGGCAUCCCUUCCCUUCCUACUACUCAAGUGCCUCCAGCUAGACCACACUCUGUUCAGCCUAUUCGCCCUCUUUGGUCCUUCCAACACCCUCCUCAACCACCUCCCCCCAGAACACCUGCACCCCAACCCCAACCCCAACCCCCAGCCCCACCUCCACCCCCACCCCAAACUUCUACCAAACCUCCCCAAGCACUUUCUUUUGCCAAGCGACUACAGCAACUCGUAGAGGACUUGAAGAGAAAGUCCUUUUCAAAUGCAAAGGGCUAUUAUGAAAUGGAGACCACAGACCUCCCAGAACUGACCGCAGCCUCUUGA